UACGGUGUGCUGGAUGCUACCCAGUCGGACAUAAAAGUAGAGCCACUUCUGAUGGUAAAUCUUGAUACUUGCCCCCAGGCUUCAGACCCUGAUGUCGGUGAGGAGGGUCAGCUGGUCUACAGUCUGACAGCAGAUAGUCCUUACUUUGACGUGGAGCCGUCCUCAGGUCUGGUGUACGUGGUGUCAGCAGUGGAACUGGCUGGACAGCUGGCUGCUGUGGAGGUGAAGGCCACAGACCCCAGAGGACUUCAUGCUACAGCCAAGGUGGAGGUGGAAGUGCAGGGAAGUGCGAGCAGUGGAGACAUGGUGGUCAUCUCUCUCAACCAGCCUGCGAACAUCGUGGAGAAGAAAGUCCCAGAGUUGGAAAAGUCUCUGGGUGCGGCUCUGGGCUGGACUGUGAACAUCAUCGAGGUGUCAAGCGCUAACGGAGGAUCCUCUCAGUCCAGAACGCUGAGAGACGCCAUGAAGACUUUGGUCAGCUUCAUCUCUGAAGAUGGAGGAGAGGUUGUUUCCUCUGAAGAGGUCACAAAGAAACUGCAGAGCCAAUCAGCUGCUGUGAGGGAGGAGCUGGUCAAAGUGUUCGGGGAGAGUCUUCACUUUGACGUGGAGAUUAAGCCUCAAAGUCCUGACUCCAACCAGGCUGUGGUCAUCACUCUGGGCGCCAUGUUCGCCUUGAGCAUGCUGGGAUUGAUUGUUGCUGUUGCCUUGAUCAUCAGGUUCACAAGGAAGCAGAAACAUCAGGAGGAUUCUGACAAAGAGAGUUUUGGCAUCGGCCGACGUGCUGAAGGUUACACGAACUGGCCUCAGAAGACUCCUGAAACCAUUGAAAAGGAACAGACGAGGUCACAGGAGAAGGGAGCAGAGGACGAGCAGCAGAGGACGGAUAGAAAGACGGACGAUAACGGAGCGAGGUUUGAAGUGGACAGACAGACAGAGGACGUCGACAGUGACGGCAAUGAAAGCCACACUUCUGCUCUCUGA